AUGAGCAGUGUGAAUUACUCGGAGCAGCUGAGGGACUUUGUAUGCAAACAAGCGAGCGAGCCGUUAAUUGAGCAAAUAGGCAAGCUUUUAAAAGAGCAGCGCCAUGCCGAGGCCCAGUGGUGGCAGGAGCGGAAAAACCUGGCGGCCGCGCGGGUCACCGACGAUAAGCUGGCCGAGUUCGACGCCAAAGUCUACGAAAAACUAGGCCACCUCGCGGCCCGGCACCGCCGAAAGCUUGCCGACAUGGAGAUCACCCUGGUCUACCCCAAUGUGCCAAUGGCGGACCAGCAAAAGUUCCUGGCGUUUCUGAGUGAUUUAUGUAAAUGA